AUGUCAACGACAGUAUUGAGGCCCAGGCCCAAUCCGUCGAAGACGGGUCGCCCAAACUACAACCAAAUCCAUAGAUAUCCUUUACCUCUUGAGACCUUCCCGCUUCCACCACUGAUCCCGCAUAAUCCGCUAUCUCUUGUCCAAAUAGCCUUCGUCUACCUUUCUCAAUUACUAUCACCCCCCUCUUCUCACCGCUCAAAUUUCGUUCAGGGUAUCUUCUGCCCUGAUUCAAACUCCGUGCACGUCACGGACCACGCACAAGCGCGCUUGCUAUGGGAACGAGGUUUCUUCGGAAAGGGAAGUUUGAGUCGGAGUGAGCCAACAUGGCUGGACCGAGAAAACAAGAGACUAGGUUUGGCGGAGAAAGAUACGAGUGAGGAGUACAGGCAGCAGAGGAGACAGGAGAGACAGACGAUGAAAAUGGAAAGGGCGCGGCAGCAACAAGAAGCAAUUGAUGCAAAACGCGCUGAGGAAGGACAAGGUGGGUUGGAGACCAACCAUACCCCUUUGUCGUUGGGCAUUGUACAGGGUGUCAACGGACAAGACGCGUCCGAAGAGCAAUCGAACAUUAUUGGUGUUGCCUCAAGGCAGCCAAGUCUUCUUGAGCAUAUUGCCGAACAGCCUGAAGAAGUCCCCGCACAAUAUCUUUCUCAAUCACAAGAUCAGCCACAAACGAGUUUCGCCGCACUACCAAUAGCUGAAGAUAUUGAGGUCCAGGAGCAUUUGCAGUUGAGCGCGGAGGAGGCCUUCUUUCUGAUCUAUGCUCUCGGUGUUCUCACCAUCUAUGAUCCUAUCACUCAAACUCCAAUGCCGACAGAGGAUCUAUUUACUUCAUUCCGUUCGCACUCCCAUUUUCCGCCGACUUCUCCAAAUGACCUGACACCCUACGAUCCCUUUCUCCAAUCCUAUACUGUCUAUCACCACUUUCGUUCAUUAGGCUGGGUGGUGCGCCAAGGCAUCAAAUUUGGUGUCGAUUGGCUUCUCUAUCUACGUGGACCCCCAUUUCAUCAUGCAGAGUUCGCUGUUGUGGUUCUACCAGCUUUCAAAGAUGAUUACUGGUGGGAGAACGGCAGAAAGGAGCAGACAGUGAAGCGUGAGAAGAAAGAUUGGUGGUGGCUACAUUGUGUGCAGAGAGUGCAGGCGCAGGUCAAGAAAGGAUUGGUGGUGUGCUAUGUGGAGAUUCCUCGACCAAUUGAUGAUUGUGUUUCGUCACUAUCGGUUCGCGAAGACAUGCCUGCCAAAGCGAAAGGCAUUGAAACAUCAGGCACGAUUGAUAUUGGAAAAACAUUGGAAAAAUACAAAGUCAGAGAGUUCGUGAUCAAGCGAUGGAUACCCAAUAGAAGUCGGGACUGA